CGGCAGCACGGCCCGUAUAGCACUGUAGGCAACGAGGUCUGGAACAUGGACAAAAGCGGGUCAGCGCAAUGGCUCCGCCACAAGCCAGCGGCAGCAGCCGGAAAUAAGCAACCUUUAGGAACACGCGCCGUCCUGACUUUUGCCCAGCCGGCUAUUCACCUUACUCCUCCAUCAUGCUUCUCCCAUAUCGUUAACGAUAUGAAGCAGGCCCAAUAUGCCUUCUUCCGUCUCUUUUCUUUUCGCCUUCUUUUCCGUAUCGCUCUUCUUCACAAAGCUACUCCAUCUAUACAUUCACCUUCACUCCAUCACCGUCAUUGACUUUAUUGUCUACCUACCGACCUUCUUCCUACAAGAUGUCUUCCUAGUCUGUUUAGUACGCCUCUUGUUACGACGAGGGCGGACAAUCCCUUCUUUUGUCGGCUACCUUUUGGGAUCUAUUUUAAUGUAAGUCUCUUCUUCCGUGUUUCUUCAAUGGUUCGCAACACUGACUUGGGCCAUAGCUUAAUUACUUUCGGCGGUGCAUCGUCGGAGCUUGGGUUCUAUUACAGGACAGGCGGCGAGAUUGAAUGGAGCGACGCAGGGGACUUCGUCAACGACGAAGGCCUUAGUGUGUUAGUUAGCGAGAGCAGCGGCGUUUUGGUGGCCGCAUUAAUUAUUAUCAUCGUUUCCUGGUUCACCCAAACCAUGCUCUACAGCCUCGUUGGGAACUUGGUAUCCGGACUCGGCAAGCGCAUCGCUUCAGGUAUGUCGCCCACUUCUCUCUUUGUCAUUCCAUCGUCUCCUAACAUACCAAGAGUCUCCAGGUAUCUUGGAGCAAAGAUUCGUCCGCAAAAACAUGUUCAGCAUGACCCCGAAGAUGUCGAGGCCUUGAUGGAGCGCCCCUCCACCGGGGAUUCAGCUUCUAACGAUAACCGUAAAUCAUCCACCUCUAGCGGCGGCGGGGAGGAGAAGCAUUCUAGAGACAGCCCUUCAUGGCAGCGGAGGUGGUGUUUUAUUCCUUCUUGGGUCUUGACCUCUACCGUUUUGGUCUUUGUUGGAAUCACGGCCAUAAUCCGCCCCGACAAGCCUUUCAACCACAUGGCAACAAGUCUGCCCUCCCGCAUUCUCGACUCGUUCAGGCCAACGCUUGGAUCCUGUGCGUCCAACAAUGAGUGGCCGCUUAAGGAACUUAUCGACAAGUCCAAGUGGUUGGAUCCCAGCGGCGAUUUCAAGGGCUGGGCUCCCGGCACCGACAACAAUAAGUUUGUCAAGCAGUAUAGGGAGAAUCCUCCCAAGUGGCUGCCCGAGCCCAUCCCGGCCGGUUUUCUCAAAUGGGAUAAAAACAGAUACCAGAACAAUGACAAGGACGUUGGUACCGAUGACGCGUGCCCGAACACACUGCGGGAUCGGGGCUUCUAUAACCCCGUCAACGAUCCAAUGCGGAUAAGUAACCUUAAUCAGAGCAUCUUGGCACCAGUGAAAGAGGCACUUUCAAACAACUCUGUCAAGAUUAGGCACAUCGUCCUCAUUCUCAUGGAGAGUAUGCGUGAAGAACUCUUCCCGAUCCAACAAGACACCGACAUUCAUCGAUUCAUCAUGGACUCUCACGAGAAGUCGCUCAGAGACGAAGUCAACGCCCGAGUAUCACGCAUGACACCAAACGCGGAGAAGAUUACAGGCAAGCCUGGUAAUUACAAGAGCGAAAAUGGCUCUACCUACGACCGGCCUACGAAGCCGGAGUGGAACGACAAGACGAAGCCCGGGUUCGGUGGUAUUAACGUAAUCGGAGGCCUUACGAGUAGCAGUGUUUCGACAAAGAGUCUUGCCACGACUCACUGCGGCGCUUGGCCCAUGGCCGUCAACAUGUUCGAGGAAGCUGUAGUCGAGAGCUAUCAGCCUUGCAUCCCUCAGGUCCUCGAGUUGUUCAAUACACUGAAGGGAAGCAACAAUACGAAAGAUGCCAAGGUUUGGUCUGAUGGAUUCAGGAAGCCACAAGACGAGUUCCACGAGUACCAGUGGUACCCCGCAUUCUUCCAGGCCGUUACGGAUACAUACGAUAGGCAGGACAUCUUUGAUGCCAAGAUCGGAUUCAAGUACAUCUUUACAAAGGGAAACCUCGACAAGGAGGCCCACGACAAACCCGAAAUGGAAAAGAUCAACUACUUUGGGUAUCCCGAAACCGACUUGAAGGAACACAUCGAGAAGUAUAUUACCGACGGCCUCGCCAACAACCAACGGCUCUUCAUAUCGCACUUCACCAGCACAACUCAUCACCCUUGGGGUAUGCCUAAGUGGUUUGAAACCGAGAAGUAUAUGGGUAAGGUGGGAAAGCGACACCAAGACUUUAACAAGUACCUCAAUACCGUCCGAUUUACAGAUGCGUGGCUAGGCGAGCUUAUGCAGAUGUUUGACGAUACCGGUAUCGCUGACGAAACUCUUGUUGUCUUCGUCGGCGACCACGGACAAGCCUUCAGGGAAGAUUCUCCCAAGACGGGCACAUACGAGAACCGCCACAUUAGCAACUUCCGGGUUCCUAUCUCCUUCCACCAUCCAAACAUUCCUCGCGUUCAGUAUGAGGCCAACGUAACCUCGAUCUCUAUUCUCCCGACUAUCCUCGACCUCCUUAUCAAUACUGGAUCCCUUAAUGCCCACGACACUGCGGUUGCGUCCGACCUCGUCAACGAUUUUGAGGGCCAAUCCCUGAUCCGACCAUACCAUAAGUCGCUAAAUGGCCGCCGUGCCUGGAACUUUGGGCUUAUUAACCCUGGAGGUGGUAUGAUCGCUGUCACAUCGGCGGACGCACCUUGGAGACUGGUUAUCCCCUUGAAGAAAGAUCUCGAAUAUACGUUCACCGACAUUGGGAAAAAUCCGCGGGAGAUGGAUCCUUUGAACCAAUGGUCCAUCAAGCCUAUGAUUAAGGCUGUAAAGCGCAAAUACGGUCUAGAAGCCGCUGACUGGGUUCGUGAAGCCGACCAAGUGGCUCACUGGUGGAGUUUGGAACGAACACGGCUUUGGGGGUAUAAACUCAAAGGUGACUAAAUGGUUGUUUGAUGUAUGAUAUGGGGCAUUGGGUAACUACCUUUUUUGGGACUUAGGUUAAGUUUGGGUUCUAGGAUAUCAUAGACCAUGGAUCUGGCAUAUAUUUUUAAGGGAAUUGAUAGAGCGGCAUGACGGUUUUGAUACAGAGGCAUGACCUUACAGCGGCAUGACUUUAAAUAACAUUCAAUUGGUCAGUUCUUCGCGGACCCAUAAAUA